GCAUCUUAGAUAAUUCGUCAGUUAGGCUUUGAUAAAUUUAAUUAUUGAAAAGAAAUGACUACUUUGCCCUUGACCGAUAAAAGUGCCGCCGUAGUGGUGGAGGAACAACAAUUUUGUACCUGAUGGAAACGAGACGAAUGCGAAGAUUCGUGAGCCAUCAAAAACCCAACAGCAGAACUCUUCUCCCUCUUCACGCUCCUUCUUCUUCCUCCUCUCAUCUCUCCAACACUAUUUCCUUCUUCUAUUGCGAUUACAAAUUCAUCUCUUUCAAUAAACCUCUCUACACAUUCGGUCGCAAACAUGCCAACUUUUUUAAACUCUGGUUUUCUAUUGGCCUUGGUUUCGCACUUUCUGCUAUGCUCGCUGUUACGCUGAUUUUGGUUUGGGAGGUUGCAACGGCUUUGAAUAUAUGUGGAGAAAGUAAUAAAGUUCGAAGUAUUGCUAGUGAAAUGCUGUUUGGGUUUCCGAAUUUGUUGUCGGGUUUGAGCUUAUCACUUGCUGAUGCUGGAUGUAUUUGUGUUUCUACUAUUGUGUCUGUUUUUGUGCAUGAAUUUGGUCAUGCACUCGCCGCUACUAGUGAGGGAAUACAAAUAGAGUACAUCGCCAUCUUCAUCGCAGUUCUGUUUCCUGGUGCCCUGGUUGCCUUCAAUGAUGAUUUGCUGCAAGCUUCAGAACAUUUGACUGCCCUCCGCAUAUAUUCUGCAGGCAUUUGGCACAAUGCAGUUUGCUGUGCAGCUUGCGGAUUGACAUUAUUCCUCCUGCCCUUGCUCUUGUUUCCCUUUUACAGCAGCGGUCAUGGUCCAAUGGUUAUGGAUGUACCCUCAACGUCACCUUUGUAUGGUUAUUUGGCUCCUGGUGAUGUUAUUCUAUCUGUGGAUAAUGUACGCAUCAGAAAUGCACAAGAGUGGUUGAAGCUUAAUACAUUGACAUAUGGCAUCCAGCUUAAAAAUGUAAAUAUUUCCCAGCACACUGGAGACCUGGCUGCUCUCAAUAAUGGGAAGGGUUACUGUGUCCCUAGUCUUGUAAUGGAAGCAAGCAAAAUUACUGGAUUACUGGAAAAUCAACUUGUUUGUUCCAGUGAACUUAAUGCCUUCGUGAAAAUUUCAUGCUCUGGCAAUAUUACACUAGAUGAUGGUCAGAGUGAAACUGAUCUUUCAAAUGGGAGACGGAAUAUGUACUGCUUAAACGCUAAAGACGUUGUCAAACUUGAUAAGUGUGGUGAUGGAUGGGGGCUAGCUAAAUCAAAUGGAAGUAGCUGUACAUGCUCUCUGGAUGAGUUUUGUUUAGCUCCAGUUCAGGAGCCUGGAAUGGUAUGGGUUGAGAUCACAUAUUCAAGACCUCAAGAAUGUCUGCGUGAAGAAAACAGUUUUCCAGUUUCGACAACUUCCAGCCUUAAAGAAAGAAAUUGUGGUGCUACUUUUAUUUUUGUUGGUGAUGUUAUCUCAAUGGCACAUUCAAUUCACCUCACAUCAUAUCAGCCUCGCUGGGGACCAAAGAUUGUUGCAUAUUUUCCAAAUUUUCUGGAAAGGUUUUUAAUAUGGACGUUCCACAUCUCUCUAGCUCUGGCUCUUCUCAAUGGUUUACCAGUGUAUUUUCUGGAUGGUGAAUCUAUUUUAGAUGCAACUUUAUCUCACUAUACUUCGUUAAGUCCAAGGAAGAGGAAUAAGGUUCUUAGACUAUGUCUUCUUUGUGGGUUACUUGUUUCUAUUAUUGGCCUUUUCCGUUUACUCCUUUAGUUAUUUUUGAUAUCACCCUUUCUUGUAAUUUGAAAUGAGUUUAAGUCAACUCCGUGGACAAAACCUGAAUGUUCAGAAUUUUGGUUCAAUCCUCUGAAGGAAUCAACUUCCUAUAGUGAAUUUCAGGUGACUUUCAAUAGAAUAUGAUUUUUAUUGAUCUAAUGUUUGAAUUAUUAA